AUGGCUCAGACAAACCCUCUGCCUGUCCCCAUGGGCCCAUGGAAGAUCACUGUGUACGACCAAGAAAAUUUCCAGGGCAAGAGGAUGGAGUUCACUUCGGCCUGCCCAAACAUCAUGGAGUGCGGCUUUGACAACAUCCGCUCCCUGAAGGUGGAGUGUGGCGCGCAGAGCGGCAACGCCUUUGGCAUCACCCAAAACUGCCUCCCGCAGCUGGGGAGCAGCCAGAAUCACAAGGAAUCCAAGAUCACCGUCUUCGAGAAAGACAACUUUAUCGGCCGCCAGUGGGAGUUAGUUGACGACUACCCCUCGCUGCAGGCCAUGGGCUGGGCCAACAACGAAGUGGGCUCCAUGAAGAUCCAGUGCGGCGCCUGGGUUUGCUACCAGUAUCCCGGGUACCGUGGCUAUCAGUACGUCCUGGAGGCCGACCACCACGGAGGAGACUACAAGCACUGGAGAGAGUGGGGUUCACAUGCCCAAACCUCCCAGAUCCAAUCCAUCAGGCGCCUGAGGGACCAACAGCCAAGUUGUCAGCCAGGCACCAUCCCCCGAGCCCCAGGAAAGCUCCUCAGGAGCGCAAUAAAGAAACGCUUCUUUUCGCUGUCGAGAAGAGACUGGACUGGGCCAAAGACGAGCGUCGUCAGCUACCGAGCGAGGCUCGCGUCUUUCUAA